GACCAACACUGCCAGUGUUAGCUGUUUUACACACAAAUCACCAUGGGUUUCGGAGGUUGUCUCUACCUAUUUUUAGCACUAACCGUCGUUCUGAUUGAACAGACAAAAGGUGAAGGUAGGUGUCCACAAGGAAAAGUAGAAUUGGAGGACGAACCUGGAUGCCAUCCUGACGUGCCUCAGAGUUGCCCAAGAGGGUACUCCUGUGACGCAUACCCCUUUAGUUCAGGAUCAGUUUGUUGCAAGAAAAAGGAAUCAGCCCAGAUGUUCAACCCGUGCAAGACAGGCCAGGCACCACUGCGAAACACGUGGGGAAACCUGCUCUACUGCGGCAGCCCGUGCCCGCGCGGAUCCCGCUGCACGCGCGUGAUGGAUGCUCCGGAGGUGUGCUGCGCCAAGGGCAAGGCAACGCCAAGCAACUUUAACCCAUGCACCAACGGAAAGGAGCCGCUGAGAAACACCUGGGGCAAUCUGCUGAGCUGCGACCAGUGCGUGCGCGGCUCAGAGUGCGUGCGUGUGCCCGAUGCGGCAGAGGUAUGCUGCGCGUAAGGCGCCGACUACACGCGCAACCGCCCGCCCGCGAUUUUUUUGGUGAGGUGGGAGUGGGAUGUGAGGUUUGCGAGUAGUGCUGGGCAUUCGAUUGAAGUCUUCAAGCACCUCCAGCCUGGGAUAGGUAGCCUGGGGUAGCUCUCGCGUAUAUAUAUAUGCACGUUCAUUAAGGUUGGUAUCAAUUGAGGGGGUUGUACUAAUGCCUACAGUAUUUAAAAAUUCAUAAAGUGGUAGCAUGUCGGUGUCUAUGUCGCUGCAUUGGCAAUUUGUAGAGGGGCCGAGGGCACAAUUCUUAUUGAUUUAAUAUUAAAUUGGCUGUGUUGACAUUAUUAUGAAAUAAAUCUAUCUCUGUCUGCAA